GGACUAGCAGAAGCGAUUGAAAACUGGGACUUCAGCAAACUGGAGAAACUGGAAUUGCACCGACAGCUGUUGAAGCGGAUAGAAGCAACAAUGCUGGAAGUCGACCCGGUAGCGCUGAUGCCUUACAUAAACACGUGCCUGAUAGAAAGGGAAUGUGACGAGAUCCUGCAGAUCAGCGAGUACAGGAGCAAAGCAGCCGGGAUAACGAGACUCAUUGAAGGCCUCUGUCGCUCGGAUAAGGAGAACUGGCCGAAAAGCCUUCAGCUGGCACUGGAUAACGCCGGGUACUACAACGCGAGUGAACUGUGGAAUAUGAGAGAAGACAACGGCAAAGAUGUGGACGGUGAAAUGACGGAUGCCUCCGAGAUCAGCUUUGAAACCACGAUGGUAUUUUCUGAAGAAGCAGAAUAUGACAAUAAUCUCAGUGAAAACCUCCGUGCAGCUUCAGAAGGAACCUGUCAGUCUUCACUGGUGUACGAACCGAAGAAGGCUCGGAGCUACCAGAUCGAACUUGCGCAGCCGGCUGUCAGUGGGAAAAACACGUUGAUAUGUGCCCCCACAGGAUCUGGAAAAACUUUCGUGGCGCUUCUGAUCUGUGAACACCAUUUCCAAAACGUGCCCGCAGGACAGAAGGCAAAAGUUGUCUUUCUUGCAACUAAAGUGCCGGUGUACGAGCAGCAGAAAACCGUAUUCAAACACCAUUUCGAAAGAAGCGGAUAUUCUGUUCAAGGGAUUAGUGGUGAAACAGUUGGAAAUGUCUCUGUAGAGAAGGUUAUACAGGACAGUGACAUCAUCGUGCUGACGCCCCAGAUUCUCGUGAACAGCAUCGAGGAAGGGAUCCUUAGCUCCCUCUCCAUCUUCACUCUGAUGAUAUUUGAUGAGUGCCACAACACGACGGGCAACCAUCCUUACAAUGUGUUAAUGACCAGAUACCUCGAACAAAAAUUUGACUCCUCUGCGAACCCCCUGCCCCAGGUAAGGCCCGGCCUGUCAGGGGUGGGACACUGGAGUGGUCUGCCGCACCGGCAGCAAAGCCCCAACUCCCGCUGUCUGUGUCAAUCCAGUUCACACUCCCAUUUAGCAACGGCUGCCAAUUGA